AUGGCCUCCUUGAGCUCCUUGGAAUCGGACUCCCUCUCUGCUCCCCUUCCCACGCCUCCUUCCACCUGCCUUCUUCCCCCCUUCUCCUUUCCUUCCUCUCAGGCGAGUAUUCCUGACCUCGCCUAUCUCGCUCUACCCUGUCCUGCCGCUGCUGGUCUUCUCGCUUCCUCUCUUCUGCCCCUGAAGCAUGCAGUGAUCCUCGCCUGUCCUCCCUGCGGUACCCCUCUUUGUGCUCUCUUCCCUUCUGCGUUGAGUCUCACCCCUCUCCUUCUUCACCAUCGCUACGCCCUCCCUCCCUCGGCAGCCCCAAACCUCGCCAGUCACCCCUCGCCACGCGCCGCUUGCGCUCAUACUUUUCCCUCGGCUCGGGCGAGCGGAAUGCUCCAACGGGCGCAUGACAACUCCUCUCUCUUCCUAGAUGCUCCCUGGUACGCGCUCUUCCUUCCACCCUCCCCCUUUCUCAAUACCUGUUUCUUCGCGACGCCGUCGCUCGUCUCCAUCGUUCCUUUCCUCUCCGUGCCACCCACUACCCCGCGCAGCUCCAGGCCCUUCCUUGGUGGCGUCGUCACGUCUUCCGCCUCCCCGCGCAGUGGGUGA